CUCCUCAGCAUUCCAAGUUGCUCAUGACGCCAUGACAACGGCCGGUGCAUGCGUUCCUGAACUGGGCAGCCUAUCGGAGAAAGAAGGGGCGGUUCUGAAGGACUUUCAGAGUCUUCUUCGCCUGAACCUCUCCUACAUCGAGCCAUUAAGCACGGUGCCCGCCGAGCUUCUUCCCCAUCUCUUUCUGGGCUCUCGCGACGACGCCGUGAACGCGAAGGUCUUGCAGAGCCUGGGCAUCACGCAUGUGUUAAACUGCGCCGCAUCGACGGUACGCACUGGAGCCGCUUUCUAUGCUCCUUUCGGAAUUGAAUAUUCAGAGUUUGUUGCUCAAGAUGAGCAAGGCUACAACAUUAUGCAGCACUAUGAUCUCCUGGCCAAUUUGGCGAACGCAGUGGCUGAAAAGAAGGGCCGGCUUUUUGUACAUUGCGAAGCUGGAGUGAACCGCUCAGGAAGCCUAUGUUUGGCCUACCAUGCAGCGACGUCCGGCAUGACGCUGCUUGAAAGUGCUCAGCAUUGCAAAGCCCGACGGGGGCGCAUUUGCACCAAUCCGGCAUUCCAGUUACAAGUCUUUGGCUUUGCACGCAAGCAUCAGCUGCCACUUUAGCUAUAGACGUCUAACGAGGCGCGCAAGGAGAGAAAAA